AUGUCGACAGCCAUGAAUUUUGGGUCCAAAACUUUUAAACCUCGCCCCCCCGAUAAAGGCUCGUUCCCUCUGGAUCAUUUCGGUGAGAAAACGCAAGGAUAUUCAUGUUUGUUUCACGCGGAACCGAACCGAAGACCAGCAGAACAGGUCACUUAGUCCUGAAAAUGAUCUUUCUCAGCACAAUUAGAAAAAGUCCAGUGAAAACGGGCUCAGAUACAGAGGGGGAAAUUUUUCAUUGGGCUUAAACAGUCAAUGAUGCUCCAAAGCCUAGACUGUUCUCUGUAUAAACAGUUCACAACCCAACAGAACCAGAACUCCUGAUUCUCUGAUCACAAUAGUCUUUAUCAAAAGAGUUUUUCUUCCCCACUAAAGCAAACAAACUCUGGGGACAGAUGUCCUUUAGAGUGGACUCAGUGUAUCUUUUCUAAUUUCACCAUGUAAAGAUAUUUUUCUACAAAAUGCUCUGAACCAUGACCCCUAACCCUCGAAGCAUGACCCCCAAACCAUGUAAAGAUCUGUCAUUGCAGAGGUCUCCUCACAGUUUGAUAAAUCUGUCAUUUUUCUUCUAUUCAUCAAAGCCUGUUUUUUUUUUUUUUUCAACCGUUGCCCUUUUAAACCAGUAAACAUUGACAUUCUUACUCUGUAAGGAAAACAGCUGUGACUUUGCACAAACUGAUAACCAAACCAUGCUAACAAAUACAAAAUGUUUUCAACUUUACUGUGGAAGAUAUGCUGUGAUAUACCUGAGAAUAAUGUAAGAUUCAUUUUGCUAUAAUUUUAGGAGAGUGUAAAGCCUUCAAAGAAACCUUUAUGAAAUGCCUACGAGACAACAGCUUUGACAGCUCACGCUGCAGACUGCAAUCCAAAGAGUACCUGGAAUGUCGCAUGGAACAGUAAGAAACAUAAGGGAAAAUGCAGUCCUUAUAUUCGCAAUAUCUUGUAAUUUUAGCUGUUAAAAAAUACCUAUUUGUAUUUUUUGUUUUAUUUGUCAUUACAGAUCAACAUUUAACUUGUCUUGUGUUUUCAGUCAGCUGAUGGCCAAAGAGCCUCUACAAAAACUGGGAUUCAAGGACCUGAUGGAUCCACCUCCUAGCCAAGCAGACAAAGACACUAAUCUUUGA